AUGGAACAAAGAAGAUUCAAGCCACGAAGGGCGCGAGGAUAUUUGGUCGGCUGCGUGGUUGCUGUGUUUUUGUGGAGCGUAGCCUCGGCACAAUCAAGAUAUUCAAUCUCUGAGGAAGUUAACGAAGGAAUUGUGGUUGGAAAUAUAGCAAAAGAUUUGGGAUUGGAUAAAAGUAAACUCAAAGAAAGGAAGUAUCGGAUUGUGUCGAGUAAUGUGGAUCCUCUUUUCCACGUAAAUCAGAAUGAUGGUGUCCUGUAUGUGAGCCGAAAAAUUGACAGAGAAGAGGUGUGCGCGCAGAGCAGUACAUGUUUAAUAAAUCUAAAAACCGUUCUAGAAAACCCACUGGAGGUGCACUAUGUUGAAGUGGAGGUGCUGGAUAUAAAUGACCAUUCUCCCACUUUCCCUGAGAAAGAUAAAACCUUGGAGAUUUCAGAGUCUGUGUUGCCGGGAGCACGAUUUCAGCUAAAACCUUCACGGGAUCGAGACAGUGGCCAUUACUCCGUGCAGCAGUAUAAACUCAGUCACAACGAUCACUUCCGUUUGGAGGUUAAGGACAAAGGAGACGAUGGUAAAAUACCAAUAUUGGUUGUUCAAAAAUCUUUAGACAGGGAAACAGCAGGGAGUCACUCAUUAGUACUGACAGCAUUGGAUGGAGGAAAACCUCCGAAAUCUGGUACCAUGAAUAUUCUCGUAAAUGUUUUGGAUAUUAAUGAUAACGCACCUGUUUUCACUAAAGAUGUUUAUUCUGUGAUGCUGGAUGAAAAUGCUCCAGUAGGUACAACAGUCGUACAGGUAAAUGCAACUGACUUAGAUGAAGGGCCGAACGGAGAUGUGAUUUACUCAUUCAGCAAUAGUAUGAAUCAAAAUAUAUUAAACAUAUUUGAUAUAAAUUCAUUGACGGGCGAGAUAACUGUUACAGGUGUCAUAGACUAUGAGGAAAAGGAGAGAUAUGAAAUUGAGAUUGAGGCAUCAGACAGAGGUCUCGCUCCUCUUACAACCGAAAAAAGCGUCAUUAUCAAGAUAGUUGACGUUAAUGAUAAUGCACCUGAGAUUGAAGUUACUUCAUUUUCGAGCUCAAUUCCUGAAGAUUCCAGACCUGGAACUACUGUUGCUCUUAUUAGUGUAAAUGACUUGGACUCCGGUCUCAAUGGAAAAGUUAUUUGCGCUGUAAAUGAGGAUGCUCCAUUUACUUUAUCCCCAACCUUAAAGGACAAAAUGUAUUCAUUAGUGACCAGAUCGCCUCUUGACAGAGAGAAACAGCCACAAUAUGAACUAACAAUUACCGCAAAAGACGCUGGUCAACCUCCAUUAUUAUCUGAAAAGACAAUUAGCGUUGUUGUAUCGGAUGUCAAUGACAACAGUCCGGAGUUUUCACUGAGUCCCUACACAUUCUAUGUUACUGAAGCUAAUGAUCCGGGAGUCUCUUUGUUUUCUGUUAAAGCUUUUGAUCGUGACGAAAACAACAAUGCGAUUAUUUCCUAUCAUAUUAUGCGAGAUGGAAGCGAUGAUAAUAAAGUGUCUACGUUUCUCAACAUAAACUCUGAAACCGGGGAUAUUUUGGCACUAAAAAGUUUCGACUUUGAAACUCUGAAAACUUUCAAGUUCCAAGUUGUCGCCACAGAUUCUGGAACUCCGUCACUAAGCAACAACGUCACAGUGAACGUGUUCAUUCUGGAUCAGAACGACAACGCUCCAGUCAUCCUGUAUCCAGUCAGCUCC